AUGGAUGCCUUAGCGGAGCAAACUCAGAAGGCAAAGGUUUUGCAUGAAAAAUUGAAGAAUCCUAAAUCUGAUGUCGCUAGGCUACAAGAAGAGAAGCUCUACAUCAAAUCUCGCAAUUCUGCAACUCAUCAACGACUGUUGAGAAUCGGUGAGACCAGAUCUCCUCCAUUCAAUGAUACAGUAUGCCUUGCUCUCUCUGAAAAACUUAAGCAUGUGUUCUCUCUGCUGAAUCAAAUCCACGGUGUUUUGGGAAGCGGUGUUUCUUCGAAACAAGGGGGAGACGAGGAGGUUAAUGUGAAAGAAGAUUUUGAUCAGCAGAGUAAUGAAGCUUCUGGAUCAAGGAAAGAUAAAGGCAAAACCAUUUCUGAAGAAGAGGAUGAAUAA